UUAUAAAAAGCUUAAGUAAAACUCUAGGAGUUUAGAGUCUAGUUUUAGUUCCUAUAGUAAAGAUGGCUAACCUACAAGUUGUUAUACUUUUAAUUGCUGUGUAUUUUAAGUUAGGUGCAGGAAAAGGGACGAUACUUGAUUUUGGAGUAUCUGUGGCCCAACAGAAAGAAAUAGUUAAUGUACAUAACGCUGUCAGGGAACAAUUAAAGAAUGGCACAUUUCCUGGACAACCAAAGGGUAUUAAUUUCCUUAAAAUGCAAUAUGAUAGCCGUCUUGCUGAAGCAGCACAGGAAAUAGCCAAUACUACCGUCUUUGCACAUGUCACAGUGCCUGACGAUCGUUUCUAUGUUGGACAAAAUUUGUUCCUCCUGUAUUCGACAGGGGCUGGAACAGGCAUAGGAAAUUGGACCCAAGCAAUAUUAUCCUGGGUUAGCGAACAUAAAACUUACACAUAUGGAAAAUGCUGUAGCGGUGGUAGUUUACAUUACACUCAAGUGGUUUGGGCAACUACACAAUAUAUUGGUUGUGGUUUUACCUACUUCAAAACGUCGGAAAAAUUUGCCUUUAAUUACUAUUAUGUAUGCAAUUAUGGACCAGGUGGUAACAUGGUUGGUUCCUAUCCUUAUGAAACUGAAAGUUGAAGAAGCCUUCAUAAUAUAUCGUAUCUAUGAAAUACAUUUACAUAAUAUUGUUCUUAUAUUUUGUAACUAAAUACAGUUAUUAUUACUUAAAAAUUA